AUGGUAUCAGAAGAUUUCAGCUUCCCAAAGAUCAGCAAUUUCCCCCUCAACCCUCAUUUCUCUUUUUCAUCUCCUUCUUUAUGGCGAAUAUCUUCCCUGGUUUAUCCUGAUUUUUGCGACCAAUUAUUAGAUGAUGGAGUUGAUAACAGAAACAGAAGCAGCAGUGAGGCAGCAGACGCAGACUUGAUGAUAAAUAGUAGGAGGAAGAGCUUCUUGUUAUCUUCUUGCUACGAAGAAAAGGAUGAGCUCUCAGUUUCCAACUCUAAAGGGGAUCAGGAGAAGAUGGACAUGUUAUGGGAAGACUUCAACGAGGAGCUUCAAAGGGUUUCUUCCUUUGGCAACAACAACAACAACAAGAAACAGAUGCAGCCUUUCAACUCCUCCAAGAAGCCAAACUUCUUUUUGCUUGUUAAGCUUUUCAAGAAGAUCCUCUUGCUUCAAAGAUCACCUCGUAUCAAGAAAAACCACUAA